AUGAAUCACGAUAGUUUCUCCUCUCUAAAAUUUCGACGGUCGUCAAGCAAGCUUCACAAAGACCCUCCGAGCUUCACAUCCCGCAUCUUGAAAAGUCAGCAAAGCAAUACCUCCCUCAAACGUCACCCCUCAGCCCCCGUUUACCCUCGUUCCGCUGCCGCUGGUGGAGGUCGAGAGCACACACGGACCAGAUCCAACGCAUACGGCUCCUCCUCGUCCUCCCUCGACCAGAACAGCGGCAAUCCUUCUCCGGCCUACUCUGGCAACGAGUCGGGCUACUUUCCGACCAGCCAUAAUUCGGCGAAAUCUCGCCCACCUCACGCUGGCCGAGCUUCUCUUAGUGAGCAAAGCUCAGAUGAACUAAUCGGCACUCCUUUUGACAGUCGGGGCAUGCUCAGCUCUUUGAAAGAGAAUUCGACUGAGUCUGAUCCCGUUCCCCAGAAGCCCCCGACCCUGCGGUCUGCCACAAGUCCUGAAACUCGAGGAUUGAGACAAUCGGCCAGUUUUGCUACCUUACAGAACCGAAUGGAGACGUUUGUGCACAGGGCGACCGACAAUGACCGCUCGGUAAACCAGAAACGUCUUUCGGAUGAGGGCAACAACACAACCACUAGGCCUUUCGUGGGCAGAAGCAAGAAGAGUAGUUUUUCAAGUUUCGUGAAUAGUAUGCUAGGCUCUCCUCGGGGCAUCAAGAUCUCCGCGCCGGAGAACCCCGUCCACGUCACUCAUGUCGGCUACGAUAACCAGACCGGUCAGUUUACUGGUCUCCCGAAAGAAUGGCAACGAUUAUUACAGGAAAGUGGUAUCUCCAAAAAGGAGCAGGAGGAGCAUCCCCAGACUAUGGUCGAUAUUAUGAGGUUCUACGAGAAGAAUGCCCGGGGAGAUGAUGAGGUUUGGCACAAGUUCGAUCAUGCAUACCCGCAACACCAGUCCGCGGCCAGUCCGGCCUCUGGCCCGGGGUCCUAUGGUCCCAGCCCACAGCGCGUGUCGCCCCCGACAAGCCCGCGAUUUCCUCAGAAUCAUGAAGGGAGUUUUGAAAACCCUCGGGCGCCACCUCCGAUCCCUCGCGGUGCUCCUGCAGCCGGUCAAGCUAUGUCUCCCGCGGUAGGUGGCUUUGUUCCCAACCGGGCUCCGCCGAAACCGCCAAGCAGCGGCACCAUCACCCCGGCGCGUCCUGCGCCUCAACCUCCUACUCCGGCUACCUACGCUGCGGCACCAGUGCGAGCAGCACAAGAUGCUUAUGCUCAGGCCCAUGCUACGCCCCCGAUUCCGGAGACUGAGCCUCUGCCCAAGGAGCAACAUCCGCUGAGUAGAUCCAACUCCAAGGCAAAUGGUACGCCUGUGGCGUGGACAGCGCCCUCUCCGGCGCAGUAUCAGCAACAACAGGAGCAAGCUAUGGUUGCCGCCCAGCAGGCGAUCGUCAGUAAGCAGCUUGAGCGGAGCCGCAGCCAGCGUCAGCAGCAGGCCGCUCAGCAGGCCGCUCAGAAGCAACCUUCCCAGCAGGCACCUCCUCAGCACAUGACACCAGUGGAAGAGACUUCUGCUUCAAUGCAGCAUGCGCGUGCUGCUCCAGCCGCCGCCGCCGCCGCCGCCGCGGCAGCUGCAGCACCUGCUGCUCGUCCACGGCAACGGGCUCGCCAGAGCAAUAUCAUGGAUGUUAGACAGCGACUACAAGCUAUCUGCACCCCCGGCGAUCCCACCAAACUAUAUCACCAUCUCAACAAAAUCGGUCAAGGAGCCUCAGGUGGCGUUUUCACCGCGUAUGAGAAUAACUCGAAUAGUUGUGUUGCCAUCAAGCAGAUGAAUCUGGAUCUGCAACCAAAGAAGGAUCUGAUCAUCAAUGAGAUUCUUGUGAUGAAGGACAGCAAACAUAAGAACAUUGUCAACUUCCUGGACAGCUAUCUGCACGGCUUGGAUCUCUGGGUUGUGAUGGAGUACAUGGAAGGAGGCAGUUUGACAGAUGUGGUCACGUUUAACAUCAUGAGCGAAGGGCAGAUUGCUGCCGUCUGCAGAGAGACCCUGAGUGGCUUGCAGCAUCUUCACUCCAAAGGUGUCAUCCACCGUGAUAUCAAGUCGGACAACAUUCUCCUCUCCUUGGACGGUAAUAUCAAAUUGACCGAUUUCGGCUUCUGCGCCCAGAUCAAUGACUCGCAUAACAAGCGAAACACCAUGGUUGGCACGCCUUACUGGAUGGCGCCCGAGGUGGUCACCCGAAAGGAGUAUGGCCGCAAGGUGGACAUCUGGAGUUUGGGAAUCAUGGCAAUCGAGAUGAUCGAGGGCGAGCCCCCUUAUCUCACCGAGUCGCCUCUGCGCGCGCUGUACUUGAUCGCCACCAACGGAACCCCCACGAUCAAGGACGAACACAAUUUGUCUCCGGUCUUUCGGGACUUUCUGCACCUCGCACUCAAAGUUGAUCCCGAGAAGAGAGCGUCUGCUCACGACCUGCUCAAGCACCCCUUCAUGUCUCUUUGCGCCCCUCUUUCGCAUCUGUCGCCGCUUGUCAAGGCCGCGCGAGCCAACAGAGCGCAAGAGAAGGCCCAGAAACCGGGCGCUUAG